GCCUUGAGUAGCUGUGAGAAAGCCAAAGACUGGACCUGGGCCCUGCAGCUGAUGCAAGGUCUCCGGAAGAGCAAGUGGGCGAAUGUCGUGAGUUAUGGGGCAGUCAUCAGCGCUUGCGCAGGUUCUGCGAAGUGGGAAGUAGCACUGCAUCUGCUUGAGCUGCUGGGGGAGCAGCAGCUGCAGCCCACGAUUACCACCUGCAAUGCUGCCAUGACUGCCUGCGAGAAGGCAGGGCAGUGGUGUCGCGCUCUCCAUUUCCUCGAAGACCUGCAGGGAUGGCGGUUGAUGGAGGAUGACGUUAGCUACGGGGCGGUGAUCAGUGCCUGUGCAGCAGGAUCAGAGUGGGAGAUUGCCCAAGCUCUUCUGAACUCCAUGCAGUCGAGACGGAUUAGAGCAAGCAUCAUCACGAGGAAUGCUGCAAUCAGUGCCUGUGAGAAGGCAGGGGCUUGGCAACAGGCCUUUCGGCUUCUACAGAGCGCCGAGGAGUCAUUCCUGGAAGUGACAGUGAUCACCUACAGCGCGGUGAUGAGUGCUUGCGAGAAGGCUGGCGAAUGGCAGCAUGCCCUUGCCCUGCUCCAGCGGCUACAACGAAGUCAGGUGGAGGCGGCAGCGAUAACGUACAACGCCGCCAUCAGCGCGUGCGAAAAGGGCCGAGUCUGGCCCGUCGCAGGCCUCCUUUUGAUGGAGCUUCAGCGGGCAAGCCUCCGGGCGACCACUAUCAGCUACAAUGCUGCACUGAGUAGCUGCGGCAAGGGCACUGCCUGGAGCAUGGCCUUGCAGGUCUUCGCUGCGUCGCAGGCCGCCCAGGUAUCCGCCGAUCUCGUAACAAUGGCCGCUUGCAUCUUCGCAGCGGAGCAGGGCAGCGACUGGCGCAUGGCGCAGUCGUUUCUGCAGGAUCUCCGCGAUUUGGGGUUCCAAGAGGAUGCCAUCACCCGCGACACCAUCGUCAGCGCCUGUGAGAAGAUGAGCAUGCCGGCCGGCCUGGCCUACGAGAUUGAUACCAAUGAGGUGGUCCGGAAUAGGCUCCGUGUGGCCGAAGUUUGGCUGGACGAGUACAAGACGCCAGGCUUGGCUGAGAUCACACUGGAAAGAUCACUCGUGCUGGAUGUCCUGGUGAGCGUCGUGAAAUGCAGCAGCUGCAUUACCGAGUACUUCGUCGAGCUCGAAAGCAUGAGCGAGAUCAAACAUCAGCGCUUACCUAGCCACGAGCAGAUCUUGAGUGCGAGCUCCGUCUUCGAGUUGUCAUGGUUGCUACUGGAAGUGCUGCACAGUCACAACGAGUCCUUCGAGGAACUCGGUUGCGGACAGGAGCCAUUGCGCAAACUCCGCGAUCGCAGCGGGUUGGAGAUGCCCAGCCACAGCAUAGAACCGUAUGAUUCUUUCACGAAGGAGGGGCUACAGCUGCUCCGGAAAGUUACCGAUGCGGGCGACAGAGGUGACUGGCAGCAGGUUCGCUCGCUUUUCUCUGGCUACGCAGGCACGGAAACUCCCGUCUAUAAUGCAGUAAUGCACAUUGCAUACAGGUGUGGCCAAUAUCGAGAAGCUGCUCUGUUGUACGAGCGGCUGUGCAGCCUGAACAUGACAAAAACUGCACCAACAUUUACUGCCGCACUUUUAGUUUAUUCGAAACUAGAUGACCAAGCCGCAGUGCACAGGGUGUGGUCAGAAGCUCGGCAGACAAUUGAAUUGGAGCAGCCAAUGGCUGGUGCUCGCAUUGCCGCAGCUGCCAGAGCAGGAGAUGUCGAGACUGCAGCCGUGGUUCUGGAUGAAAUGAACCAAAGCCGUGUGGAAAUCCAAGUUUCACACGUAUCCUCUGCAAUUCGCGCCUGUUGGGGAGCUGCGGGACAACAUCACAAUGCUGCGAAGUACCUGUUCAACGUAUUGCCCGACCUUGAUGUGGAGCCGGACAUUGUGACAUUCACAAACCUGGCUGGCGCAUACUCGACGGCUAAGCUUGAAGAUGUCUUGACAGUCUAUGCUACGAUGCGAGAUCUCGGCAUCAAGGCGAACAGAGUUUUUGCCGAAGUAUACUUGGCCACCUUGUUGAGCAUCCCGAAGAAAGAUGAGCAGCAAACCCACAGGACGGUGAAUGAGAUCAUCUCCCACCUUCUGGAAUGUUCGAGGAACCGUGUUGCUGCUGCGAGGGUUGCGCUGACUGAUUUCAAAGCUGCCGGCAUAGACCUGACUGCUUUUUGCCAAGACAUAGAUAAGGCGCUCCAGCAGCUGGAAAUGAUUGGAAUUGAUGAGGAGUCGUGGUCGAUUCCGGUGGCCUCUCGCAAGGGCAUCGGGCGUCUGAUGCAGGGGGAUCGAUGCUUGCAGGCCGUGUCGGUGUACGUUAGGGGCUUGAAAUCAUUCCAAAUAUUAUUCAUGACGGUUCCCUAA